AUGAUACAACUUGUAAAUACCACUUUUUUCAAUUCCUAAUAUAAAUUAAAGUUUCUUUUAAAGAAUGCCUUUGUUUAUAAACCAUUGAAUUAACUUAAAACUUAAGAACAAUUCAAUAAAUAACUAUAUUUAACAAAAAUCUUACAAAUAUUGAAAAAUAUAAUAUAUGAGAAUGGCAUAACUUAUAGUGACAAAUGUUGUAUUAAUUAUUUAAAUUACACUAGAAGUUUAAAUAUACUCAAUCUCUAUAAAUCCAUAUAAUAAAAAAGGUAAUGA